CGUCGUCAGAAUAUUCGUAGAAAAGAAAUUAUAGCAGAUGGUAAAACUGUAACCAAAGAGAAAGCAGGGAGCCAACUACUAGCCAACUAAAGGGCUUGUUUCUACCAGUUCUCUCCUCCGUCGCACUAAAUAGCAUCUAGUCUGCUCCCUUUUAGCGGAUAUUGUGGUUGCUUAAUCCAAGAUGCAGGCCAGCGAUAGAUUUAACAUCAAUUCACAGCUGGAGCAUCUCCAGGCCAAAUAUGUUGGGACUGGCCACGCCGAUUUAAACAGAUUCGAAUGGGCAGUGAAUAUUCAACGUGACAGCUAUGCAUCAUAUAUGGGUCACUACCCUAUGCUUGCUUACUUUGCUUUAGCUGAGAAUGAGUCUAUUGGAAGGGAACGCUACAAUUUUAUGCAGAAAAUGCUUCUGCCUUGUGGUCUACCCCCAGAAAGAGAAGAUGAUUGAGACUUGUUCAGCUCAACCAGUGUCAGCGGUGGCUAGCUGAUUGAUAUGCUCAUGCUUGUGUGUUACUGAAGGAAUAGUGGCCUUUUUGUGACAGUGAUUAUCAACUGUGAUCGUAGACUUGUAAAAAUAUUAUCUUUUGUUUUCAAGGAUGGUUUGAGAUUGGAGUGAGUGGUUGAAUUUGUGAUUUCUUUUAAUAUGAUAAGCUUCCCUUUUUCAA